AUAUAAGGUAGCAAUAAUAAAUUGCAAUUAUCCUGAUGUUUUAGGAAGAGUGAGGACGUAAAUAAGGGAUGAAACCACUGUUUCACUGUUUGGAUUCUAUUUUCUAUGAAUACUCUUUCCUGGUACUUGGUGUUUCAAAAUACUGCCUGCACUCCACAUUGUACAGCCCUAACCUAGUUUAUUUCACAGAAAAUCAUCCACUGCUUUUGUAACUUCAGUGAGGGUGGCAGUGGGAAUGGGAGGGGGCUGGCUAUGAGUUACUUUAAUGAAUCAAAGUAAUUAGUACUUUUUUCCCUUGUGUUAAGCUGUACUUUAUUUCCCGUCUUGUGUUUCUUCUUUUUCUUAUCAACCUUUUUCAGCAGAAGGGAUGGACAAAGCAACUUACUUUUGUCUGGAUCAGGGUACUAGCGCAAUGUUUGCUGCUACUUCCUUUUGCAAAGUAAAACAGGGUAGUUAUUCCUGUAAAAUGUCAUUACAUUUCAACCACUGCUGGUACAUAGAAUUGUGAUACUCUUACCAGCUAAGAAAUGUAAUGGUAGAAUCCGAUGGGACUUGGAGGGACUCCAAUGGAUGUGGCUAUUUGUGAAGCGGACUUGUUUGUAGAGAGUCGUGAUCUUCGAGCUACAUAUCAAUCCAAUAAACUUCUCUGAACUUAAAAUUAAAAAAAAAAAAUCCUAUCCUGUGCAUACAGACCACUAGAGCAGGUUUCAGGGUUUAUAAUCACUCAUUGUUUUUGUUCAUAAUCUUUUCCUUAAGGUAAUGUUUUUUUGUUAGAUAUGGGAAGGACUUAUUCAAAUUCAGGAUGAAGUACUUAUGUCCUUUGAGGUUUUAGUUCCCCCCUUCCCUGCUCUUCUUCCACUCCUUUCCACCAGAGCUUUUAUACAAACUGUCAGUCCUUGGCUAGGAAAUACUUCAGAUCUUAAACUGUGUUUAUUUUUUUAAUUAUAAACCUACUGAUUAAUAAGUCUUUUACUGAUUUUAUUUAUACCCACCAUACAUGUCAAUAUGUUGUCUUAUGAGGCCAAGAGGGUAAUGUUUCUGAAAAUUUGGUUAUUAGGAGAUCUUUGUCACAAGCAUGUUGAAAGAAGCUAAAUCUUUCAGACCAGUCUUAUAAGAAAUUCAGCAUGAAGUGCUUGGAGAAGAUGCUGGAGCAGCUGUGGAGUCAUUAGUGGUUACUGCUGAGAAAUGGAUAUUGUCUUUCAUUGUAUGUCUUUAUAAACAGAGGGAAUGCCAGGGCAGCAGCCUCAUAUGAAGUUCUAGAAAAUCUUUGUAACUAACUUUAAGGCCUUGAAUAAUAAAUAGGUGAGUAGCAGCAAGAUGAUUUAUCAUGCUAGAUCUGUCUCACUGCCUUUUGCAACAGGAAGAAAAUUCCACACUGAAUGAAGUAUGCACUCUGAAAAUAUCUUGGAAAUGUUGUUCUGAGCAACCUUGAGAAACCCAUCAGUAAAAUUAUUCAGAUAUAGUGAUUAUCAAACUGCAAAGAUGUGGCAAGCCACGUAUACCAGCUUUUUGGAAAUACUUAAUACUUUGUCAAGUUUGUAUGCUGUUUAUCUGUUAUAAUUCCAGCUGUUAGAAACUGAAAGCAAGUUGAGUGACUGCAUUAUAUUAAUUCAUCCUGUUUUCCUACUUAAUUCCCUGUGUGACUUGGAUUAACAGUGCCAGGAACUGAACUUUCCCUUUCAAAAAAUCUGUUGUGGAAAAAUAGAUCAGUGUUGGAGAAAUAAGUAUCACUAAAUUACUUGAAAUAAAAAAUUCUAACCAUAAUAUUUCAUAGAAUGUAUAGUAUUUGAAAGCUGGACUCUCAUUGUAUUAAAUUCCCCUUCAUACAUAAAAUUAGACUCUUUACAGAGGAGUUACAAUGUUUGUCUCAGUAGCCAGAUGAAAUUGUCCCCAUUCCUCAGCCUUCCAGCUGUGCCUAUCCCAAUCCCAGGAUUUAGCAGCAGAGUUGUACUGGAGGAGUAUGAGCAACUGCACUGUACACACAUUGCUGUAGGACAAUAUCCUGCUUGAAAAUAACUUUGAAAGUGCCUCCUUAAUUCAGAUUUUUUUCUGUGAUUUCACUGAUGCUGUCGACCUGCAGCAUAUUGCAUGAAGGUGGAGGAGCAAAAGGCUAGAUGAAAGUCUUGAAGGAGAGAGGAGAGAGGAACUUAAUCUGAUUAAAGUUAUUUGCAAGAUUUUUGUUAUGGAUAUUUGAGCCAACAAGAGAGGAAUAUCUCUAGGCUCAGUUUCCUACAGCUUUAGCCACAAAAGGGUUUUUAUUUUAGAACAAUAAAGGUACUUGUUAGCUUGAUUAGCUAGCAACUCAUCGUGUUACACUUCAUUGGAAUCUGGGGGAGUCUACCAGAGAGGUAUCCCUGUAUCACCUCCUCUGCUUUAAUAUUCAUUUGUAGUUGUUCAUGUUGGCUGCUUUUUGGGGGAAAAAAAGAAAGAGGACAUGACAUUAACAGACCUGUGUAGUGGAUUUUAUGGUUCUUUUUAACAGCUCAUUUGAAAGAAGUGUGCUCAUCUAAAUCUUGUGAGCAAAAGCAACAGAUAUGACUAUGGAUUGGAAAUUAAUCCAGAUGACAAGCUGUAUGUCAUUGCAAUGACUUAUUAAAUUGAUUGUCAAGUGGCUCAGGGAACACUUGUAAGCAGUGGCUAAAAGAUAAAGCUGGAUGAGAUGCAUAGGGUCACAAAGACAGUUGCAUAUUAGUAUUUUAUCCAGUAACAACAUAUUGUGUAAUGGGGAAACAACCGUUUAUUUCAAAGUAAAUUUAAUAGGAGCUCUUUUGCAUGAAUUUAUAUAAAUUUGUAAUGACAUGGUUAUAGUUCCAGCUUCCUUAGAUUUAUAUGCAUUGCUUAAUGUCUAAAACCACCCCAAAUAUUUGGAGAAGGGAAUUGGAGACUGAGGUAUGGAAACACCUCUGAGGGCAUGCUGCUUUUUUUUUUUUUUUCUUCAAUUUUUCAAAUUUGGUGGACAGGCCAAAUGGCAUACAGCAUAUUGUGUUCACAGAAGGAUCAGAGUCAAUUGUCAGUAUUUCCAAAGCAAUCUUUACAUUUUCAUUGUCUAUUCAUGAAGUCUCUUACCCAUGAGUAAUAUCUUUCUUGCCAUGCUUUCAAUUUGUUAAGAAAAUUAGCAAAGUUGCCUAGAUAGGAAGUAGGUGGAGAAUUUUAUAUUAUUUGUCUGUGUAGUGUUAUUGGAGUAUAUUGGGUCUUCUUCAAUUUUGUAAAUGUAAAUUUUGUUUAUGAUAUUUUUAUUUGUAUAUUUUAAAAUUUUCUAUCUGUAACUGAUACCACUGUGUUUUAUCUGCCAGUUACUCAAGUUAAACUUAUGAAGUAUACCAAAUUCUUGCCUGUUUAAGGAAUGCUUUAACAACAUACUGAAUAUCAUUUCCAACUAUAUUAGAGAGAUAAAACAUAGAGUACCUUGAAGAUGUUAAUCUUCAAUACAGAAUUUCUGAUCAACAGUAAUUUGAAAGGUAUAACACAACUUCCAAGAAGCUCUGCAAGCUUGGAGCCCUAUGCCCUGAGCAAGCUGUAGGGCAAGGAGCCCCAAACAGCCACCAACCACAUGAACCAGCAGACAGAAGAAAUUUUCACAGGAUUCCUCUGGCUGUAUUUCAUUGAAAAUGCAGGCACCCAAGGAGUCUCCCCUUCAGAAAUCUGAGUCUGACAAACUGGCAUUCACUGUUUAUUUUUUUUUUCCCCAUCAAAAAUUACUGAGCUCACUCUAAUCAGUGUGGAAGUGGGCUAAAAAAAUCUAUAGUGUUAUUUGUAGUUUGUGCACCUUUCUUAUUUAGGACUAAGAAAACAAUACUUUGUAUUCCUUUUAGCAUAAAUGCACACUAUAGUUAUUUUGAUGGACAGGUCAAUGAACUAGGAAGGGUGCUUUAAAACCUGAGCUAUAGCUGUGCUUUAAUGUUUAUAAUGUCAAAUAUUAAUCUUUUAGAUCAAAAAUUUUCCAUCCCAAAAGUUUCACAUAUUUUUCUGUGCAGUUUCUGUUCAAAUAGUACUGUUUUGCCAGGAAUGUGAACAGGGAAAAACUUUAUGCUUAAAUAAAACCACAUAGCUCUAUACAAUUCCAGCUACGCCUGCACCCUGCUUUGGAGCAGUUUGGUAGGAUCAGUUGGUGAUUUUAACUCUCCUGCAAAGUGAUCUCUGAAAUAUGGCUAGGUUAUAAGACUCAGGAAAAUUUUCACCUGUGUGUGAGAAUAAACCUUUUUUCUUCAUCUUUGUUUUAAAGUAGAAACCAGAAAACAAAAUCUGUUAAAUACAGUGAUUUUAAGCUAAUGUCAUUAAUACAGAACAACUCCACUCUGUAGCCCUUCUGUUUCAAUUGAGUUUAAAACUAAAAAAAAUAGUGCAAUUGGAUUGGAAAAAAUUUGUUUGUUUGUUUUUAGAACUCCAAAGUGAAAGCUUGAAAACUAUUGACUUUUCCCAUGCUUUAGCAUAAGAAAACAGAGCGGGUCAGGAGUGUGGAGAGCUCACUCUGAUGCAUGGCUGCACGUGGGGACAGCAAUUUUUGUCACACCCAGGCACUGAGGCAUUGCUGGGGUGGGACCCUGCCCUUCUCUACUGCAGGGAAGCAGCCUGGCUGUCACAGCAGCCAGCCCUUGCUACAGUGACAGGAACAGGACAGUGCUUCCAUCACACAAUGCAGAAUCUUUUUAUGCCCACAGCAGCUCAUGUAUUUUAAUACAGCAUUAAGUGUUGCUAAUACUGAUCUGAUUCCUGACAGUAGGGAGAGAAAGAAGAUAAUGAUAAUUUUUUUUUACAAUUCCAAUGUUUUAUUUGUAAAAUUCCACAGAAUUCACAGAAUUUCACAGAAUGACUAGGUUGGAAGAGACCUUCAAGAUCAUCGAAUCCAACCCAUGCCCUAACACCUCAACUAAACCAUGGCACCCAGUGCCACAUCCAGUCUUUUCUUAAACACAUCCAGGGAUGGUGACUCCACCACCUCCCUAGGCAGACCAUUCUAGAACUUUAUCACCUUUUCUGUAAAAAAACUUUUUCCUAAUCUCCAACCUAUAUUUCCCUUGCUGCAGCUUGAGACUGUGUCCUCUGGUUCUGUCAGUUGCUGCCUGGCGAAAGAGACCAACCUUCAUUUACUUCCCUACCAGGAUUAGCUGCUUUUGCUCUCACACUUGUAAGCACCCAGGCUGGCUGAGCUGGAAAACUUGAAUGGAAUUUUCAAGUAACAGCAGAUCCUAAUCUUGGCUUGAAGGAAGGCCUUGGCGUGAGUUGAUUUAAUGGGAUAUUUAUGUGAGCUGACUGAACCCUAAGUUUCCUAUUCCAUUAUUAUUUAUGGAAUCUCUGUAAUUCUUUAAUUCUACAAUACUUUCUAAAUUGAUGAGGAAUAUAUGCUUCACUGAAUAUUACCAUUUCUUUUUCUGACACUGACUAGAGUGAUAGAACAUUUUCUUUUUAGUUCAACUAUAGAAUGUAGUUUCGACAAUGCCAACUGCUUGGAUUCAGGACAUCAAGUUUGGAUUACUUCUCCUGCAAAAUAAGGUAUUGCUGACAGAGAGACUGAUAACACAGUGGAGUCCCUGAAGUCACUUUCCAGAGGUGAGGUAAGACUGAAGAAAUUCCUGAUCCAGGGCAGCACAUGCCUAAUGUUCAGUGGGAUUCUAACAGCCCUCUUUAACUUUCCUGGGUGGAGAAGGUGGGACAGGUGGAGAGGGUCACAGCAGCUCACAUGGUGAUUCCUCAUGGAAACUGAUAUCCUAGUGAUAGACUUCUCUGAAGAAUGGCUGAGAAGACUCCCUCAAAAUCUCAACUUCCUAAAUGCUCUUGUGCUAAUUAAAACCUUUGGAUUAAAAACUAAAUCUCAAAAUGGGUUAAAUUUGUUGAUUAAGUUGCAAAUAAAAUGUUACUUGAAAGAUUACUCUAGAAAAGUACAGGUUUUUUUCAUAAAGGCUGGGUUUGAUUGGUAGUUCUUGUUUAAUACUUGUUUAAAAAUAGUUUUUUAUAUUUACAAAGUUGGAGGGAAAAUGUAUUUUUACUUACACAGUUUAUAUAAGCAAACAAUUUUUUGCACAUUUCUUUCACUACACUCAUAUGAUAAACACUAAAUCCAGAUUAAAGCUCCAUAAAAAUAUAUUUUCAAAAAAGGUCUAGUAUAAGCUGUGGUAGAAUAAUAAAAAAUAGAUAGACAUGAUGUUCUGGUAUGAAUUUGUUCCAGACCAAGACAUAUUAUUAAUGUAAUACUUCUAAAGCCCUAGAAAGUAAGAGUUGUUAAUUAAAACACAGGAACACCUGUAACUGCCUUAUGGGGCCAAAUGUCUCUGCAAGCUCAUGCUCACAGACUAAUCAACAAACAGUAUUUCCUACACAAAAAUGAGACCUUGAUCUGAUUUUUUUGACAUUUCCUUUUUAUUUUCAAUGAGAUGAAGUUAAAAUCCUUUCGUUUUUGCCAGUUGGGGGCUAUGAUGCAUGCUUAUUCUCACAAACAUCAAAGAUUUCAACUGUUUAUUUUACAAGCAGUGAAUUACUUUUUUCAGUUCUUAUACAGAAAAAGAAACUUCUGCAUAUUCAGAAAAUCAAAUUAAUUUUAAUUCCUGGGGUAGUUACAGGGCUUCAGUUACAAAAUUUUAGGUAGUAAUAGAAAUUUUAGGUAGUAAUUUUGCUUUUUUGUGUGUGUUUUUGUUUGUGUGCUUGGGUUUUUCUAAUUAUUUCUAUGUUUGGUUAAUGACAUCAACAACUCUUUUGUUUCUGACUUGAUGCUGUUCCUUCUUCUCAUUUGCUUUUUGGUGACCUUUGCUUUUUCCCUGCCUUAAUGUUUAAGAGACACCCAGUAAACAACGAAAAGCAUUUGGGUGAGAAAAAAGCGCCUUCUUGGCCAGAACAACCUGCUGUCCUGAGAUACCAAACAGCCAAAAUUUGAUGGGUCCACUGCCACAAUGAAGUGGCAAGCUUAGAUAGCUGAGAGUAAGGAUGGGUGCAUUGGAGCAUAAAGUGUGCAGUUUCUGGCUUCUUUCAGCAGGGUGUUCUGCAGCAGGCAAUGGCAAGCCAAGGCACACAAUGCACUCAUUUUCCCUUAGUGCACCCCAGUGCAAGUGUUCUGUUGCCAGAGCUCUCCUGCUUCUGGCAAUUAGUUUCUAUCACAAGGAGUCCCUGCACAGGCAGGAGUUACUUCUCUGAGUCUAUGAAACUGCCAUUUCUGGCAGAGAAAAAGCAGCUGCUAAGCAGACAGACAAAACUUGCUAGACUUUGUUCUGCACUCCUCUGAGCUGCUAGUUCUCAUGUUGCUUCUGUUCUCUAUCUUGGUUCUUUCAUGCUAGUUCACAUGGCGAGAGAUCACAGUUCCACACAGUGAAGUGAAGCACAACAUUUUGUUCUUUCUUACAUUCUCGCUGUCUUAGACAGCACACACAUCAGCCAGAUUAUCUCUGUGCGGGGGGUAGGUGUGUGCUCCAAGCUGUUUUAGGACAAGACUAAUGCUCGUCCCCUGCCUCUUCUGAAAUGGAGACAAUGUAUUUCAUAAUGCAGAAAGAUCAAACAUGCAACUGAAGUUACACUGGCUGCUGUCUUAUUAGUUCAUCUUUGCAGGCUACUAGAUAUUCACUGCGUAGAAGAACAGUGAACUGAUGUAAGGCAGGUACUAACUUAAAAGCUAUAGAAAUAUUAAUCUUUCUCAUGUAAAUAAAUAAUUUAAAUAGUGAUAGAAGUAAGGAACUUUAUUCUGAUUCCUUGUAAAUCAGCCAUACCUCACAUCUAGCAAAAGCUAAAUGAGGUCAUAAUUAGUCCACUCCAAUAGUUAGCAAUAUGCAUUUAGCCAUUUUACACUAUAUUUCAAGGUGAAAAAGCAAAUAUUAUUUCUCAGGGUGUAUAAAAGUGGAUUAAUUUACAAAGGAUUGAUUUUCAGUUAGGUCAGUCUUUAUCUCAUGUAAAUAACAUACAUCUGAACACACAACAGUUGUAUUAACUUGAAAUUAUAUUUCCUAUUUGGCAUGUAAACUAAAAUUGUCAACAAUUUUGAUGACCAUGUCACAGCUAUGACACGAACAAUUAUCUCAAUCCAAAGAAGCAAGAAUGCAUAGUUUUAAUGUGUGUAUUUUUUAUAAUCGCUACUCUUUUGCGCAGUUAAUACGUUUCCUUAUGUCACAUUCCAAACUUUGGUCUUUUUUUUUUCUGUUACACUCUUGGUCCUGAUUAUUCUGUCCACAUUCUACUGCAUCUUUAUUUAUCAGUACAGGUUUUGGUGCCAUUUGCUGAAUCAUACUGAUUGAGUCUGAAUCUAAAGGUAACAAUGUCUUAUUAAUGACUUUAUAGUCACUCGUGGUAUUAAAAGCUAUGACAACAAUCUCAGUCUAAAAACUAAACCCAAGUCCCAUGACUGAAAUAAUGGAAAGCAGAAUUCUUCAUUGCAUUGAAGCAUGAGCUGAUUUCUCUUGAAGAUUAUUUUUUUUUAAUUUGGAGACUAUCUAUCUCCAGCAUAUAAAAGGUCUUGUAAUUCAGCUAUGAUUGAUGCAUCAGGUGCAAGAAUGCAGAGUAAAGGAAUCUAUACAAAUAAUGGGUGAAAUUCUGGCCCAGGAAAAAAGUGCAAAACUUUCACUAAAUUUAUUAAUCUGUGAUUUCUGUUCUCCCAAAGCAAAAUGAACUCUGAUAGUAAUAUUGUUAGUUAUUAAAUGUGUGAGUCUCUUUUCCCUGUGAAUAUCUAAAACCACACAAGAGAACUGUAUGUGGGGAUUUUUUUUGUCUUUUGUUUUAUUUGUUUCAUGUAUCUACAACUAAGCAUGUAUAGUAGAUUAUGUUAGCAUAAUGUUAGCAUAUGUUGUAGACAUACAGACAUAGAUGGUAAAACUUUGUCAUAAAUAAUGAUUGAUAGUUUAAUUUUUAUUGGUUGAUCCUAAGCAGAACCACAAAUCUUUCCUAGCUUCUUUACCUUAUCAUUUUGUUACUGAAAAAAAAAAAAAAGCAAACAGCAGAUACCUUGAUACUCGCUAGUACCCUCCUUUAUAUACAGAGUAAGUUUGUCAAGCUAUUAGCUGCAGUCUAUCAGUUUUCCUUCUCUAGGCAUCAGCUGUCCCAUGGCAUCUUUUUCCACUAUCCAAUGCAAUCACAUAGCAAACUCAAGCUCUGCGUCUGAGUUUUGCUCUCCAAUUCUUCAGCAGAGACACCGUUCUGUGUAUCAAAACAAAAGGGCAACUCUGAUAAAGGUGCAGUGCCAGCGCUGGUCCAGGCAGUAAGCACCCACCCUGCUGCCCAGCUGCUCUGUGACACAGCAGAUCCUACACGUUUCAUGGGCCUUUCUACCCUUUAAUCCUCCUGCCUGUGGCUUCUGGGAUCCCUUUCAAGAAGCAGGACGUGCUUUCAGAGCCUACAAAGUAAGUGGGAGGCACGAUUCCCUCUCGGCAGGGGCGAAGCAGCAGAGAAGAGCAGCUUGCUGGGAUGCGGGCGAUGGCUGCAGUCCAGCGGCCCCGCUGCCGCGCCGGCAUUGCCAACUCACGGGCGGCAGCGGGCGAGGUGAGAACUGCUCCUGCUGGGAUGGGCAGCGCCUCGCAAAACUGCCAUUACCAGCCCGAAUAUUCCCGGCUUCCCAGCACGUCCAGAGCAACAAGCUUGCAAAAUACCUGGCACACUCCUUUUUUUUUUUUUUUUUUUUCCCCCGCUGUAUUCUUGUUCCUGCCCCUUCUCCUUGCGUUACAACCCAGAAGCAACCCAGUUUAUAGCCCUUAUGAAAAACACAUGGGAGAUUUUUUACUGUUUAGUUCAUCCUUUGCAUAUUUAAAUAACGCAAAAAUACUGGACGAAUACGUAUUGCUACAUGUGUAGGCGAUACCAUUUCAAUAUGUCAAGAAGGGUAACGUCGAUCUUGUGUAAAUCUGGUUUGCAGCACCCGACACGCUUCUUUCAAAAAGCACAACAACCCCAUGAAAAACCAUACCUUUAUUUUAGUUGCCCCAUUGACUUUCCCAUCAGUAACAGUUCUGGAGUAACAGCCAGAGACAUUUAAUAUUUAUGGGCACUUACGCAUUAAUAAUUUAUAAUUAGUUCUUAUGUAGCUAAGGGAAUGGUUGAUAAGAAUAGGAGAGCAACUGUUUUACAUGACGAUCUUGUGAGAAUGGAUGGUGGGUCAGAAGAAACAGGACAUGUCUGAGUAUAAACUAAUUCACUUGGGAGAAAUUACUUUAAAUCAGACCUUAAACAGCAGCAAAUGAGUUAGUGAGUAUGCAGAUUGCUGCACCAGCAAAGAGAAGGCUGAUAUCACAUCAUGCGUGAAUGGUUCAGGAAACCAACUGGAAGAUGACGUGUUAGGAGAGAAUACUGUAGGAGCGUGACAUCUGUAUAUCAUACCCACUAUUUCAGGGACAGCUUCAUCUCUGAAUACCUAAGUUUAUAAAAUUCAGAGACUUCAGCAAAGCAGAGCCAAUAUGCUUGAUGGAAACAACAAAACGGUCUUUAUAAAAUAGCCAGGACUAUAAACCUUAACAUUGGAUAUUAAUUAUUAAUUACUUGCUAUUUGUGUGAUUAUGUACUUGGUGUUACCUUCCUAUUCUGGACUUCUGGAGUUUUUAGUAGUUGAUAUGAAAUACAUAUGUUAAAUAAAAUCAGCAAAAACUUAAGGACUUUUAACUACUAUUGUAAACCUAAGUAAGGUGAAGUCCAGCAAAUGAACAUCAGGGAACUUUAGUGCGCUUCUCUGGGAGUUAUCAGGGUGUGUUCAUUGCUACUGUCGAUUAUAUGUUGUGAGCAAAAAAUUAGAAAAACUCUGAAUUUCCAAACCGCACAGAAUGCCAUCACUUCUGUGACUGAGAAGCCAGAGGCCGUUCUCUUGUCCCUCCUGCCCCAUGCCAUGAGGGCAGCUUUCCAAUUCACUGACAGCUUUCCAAGGCCUGCAAACUGCCCUUUUCUUUCUCCGUGAGGUUAGCUGUAGAGGCCUCACAGUUGUAUUCAAAAGUCACUUAUUUCUCCGAGUUUCCACCGUAAGGCCCUGACGGGACAUGAUUCCGUUUGUGGGACAGAGCAGGAGACACCUUUAUAUAUCUCCAGUCCCGCUCAGGUCUAACCCCUGAGGGAGCUGGGCAGCAGCACCUCAGCUCGCCUGUCCAUCUGCUUGGCAGGGCCUCGAAGGACAGCUCUGAGGUGUGUCCCGCUGCCCUGAAUCCCAAGGGGGUGCGGAAAGCGGCGGGGAGCGGCGGGAAGCGGCACCGCAGCCCCGCGGAGCCCCGGCCGCGCCCGGCCCGCGGCGCGACGUUGAACGGCCCCGCCCGGCACGCGGCCGCGGCCGAGCCGCCGCGCGAAGGCCGCCCCGCCCGGCCGCGCUGAGGGACGGAGCGGGCUCAGCGGCACCACGGCCAGCGGCAUCGCGGGGCAGGGGCGCUGCCGGCGGCUGGAGGUGGGCUAGGCAUCCCCCGGCCCACAGGAGGGCACGGGGGCUGGGCAGGGGGCGAGGGGCCGGGCGGCGACAGGAGGGUUUGUUUCCUUGCGGGGCUCCCAGUGCGGUGCCAUUUCGGGCGAGGGGAACGGUCAGCUUCCGGUUACUCGUGGGGAUUUUUCCACGAAAAUAGCGUCAAAUCCCCUUCACGCGUUUAGGAAAGAGCCUUCCGAACACUUGAGAUGGGCUCUUGGAAGAUGGCUGCUGUCACUGUCCAGCUUAUUAAGAUACUAAAAAAAAAUCCCGGGCUCUCCAGGACCGCUUCUUGCCUCUUUGCUGGUGCCGCAAGGCUUCCCUUCUGCUGGGCAGGUCUCCCAUGGGAAUGUCCCCAGAGAAGCAGUGUGGCCUUGGAAGGGGCAAUUCUUGGGAUGCUGCCCCUACUGCAGUAGUCUCUCAUGGAAGCAGUUUAUUUCUCAGCUAUUAAAACGAUUCCUUCUCCACUUUCCUUGACACUGGUCAGAAAGAACACUCUAUUAAUUGGGGAGGUUGGGUUAGAUAACUUGUUGAGAUCUUUUCUAGAGUCCUCCUGAGGGAGGGUGAGGGAAGAGCGGCAAAAUAUGUUGUUUUGCUGUCGCCACACAACUUGUUUUUGUCGUCAGAACACUAUGAAGAAAUAGAGGUGUGCUGCAUAAUAGAAGCUAGGCAGCCUCUUCAACAGGCUUUCCUGUUUUUAAAAAGCAUGCAUAUCAUUGUCAUCAGGGCGUGAAGGAAAACUUGCCUGUUUGGUGGGGUUUUUUUCACUCUUCUGCAUUACUAUUACUGCAUUGCUUUCUGUGGAAAUUCACUGUCUAGGAUAAAUGUGAUUUAUACAAGCAUUCAUAAUUUGGGUAAAAUGAAAUAUGUCAGCCAUAUGUGUAGUCUUAGUUAAUUCAGCUGUAGGAAUUUUCAUUUCUGCUUUUGACUACAUCUUUUAAGUCUUCCUUUUUUAAGAUGAGCGGAUCGGAAAAUCAGAGAAUCAAACCAGAUUUUUUUUCCUAGCUUUAGUUAAGUUGUUCUAAUUCAGAGAGUAACCAUGAAACAGUUGGUUUCUAGACCUGGGUGGGCUCCAACUUCAUAUGUUGGAAAAUUGUUAUUUGACUAUGUUAGAAGGGUUCAAAAAAUUAUAAUGUAGUAAAUUCUCAGAUGAUUUUUAGUUUUCUUCCUAUAACACAAAGACCAACUAAAGUUGUGCAUGGUAUUAAUAGCCUAGCUUGUCUUUUCGUGUUUUGUACUGAAAAUGGAUAAUGUAGUUGUAACUCUUGCAGUCAUGAUUAUUUCUUGAGGUUUUUUUAUUAUAACAAUUAUUCCCUUGUCUUGUAAACUUUCUUAGAGGAAAAAAAAUCAGUAUCAUUUGUAUUGUGGUGAUUGCUCUUUCUGGUAUUCUUUUUCUCUAAAAAAAAAAAGUUGAAAUUCAUUCAAAUCAUAAAAUCUCCCAGUUGACAGAAGAGAUGGGAAUAAGAGGGAGAUACAUUAAGAUACAGAUACUACAAAUGAACAUUUCCCAACUGAUUGCUUACUUAAAGUGUGAGAUUUUUCAGCCCAGCACCACCUUAGCAGUUUUUGGUGCUUCUGUAGUAGCUAAACUGAGUGGGAAGAUACAAAACUGUACUAAUUUAACUAAAGUAGCUAUUAAAAAACAAGUAAGUUUACAUAGGUAUGUAAGGAGCUCCUGUGCAAACCACAGAUCAAUAAGAGGAAUGCUGAUGCUAAUUAAUUAAAAACCCAUUGAACUAAAAUGUUAGAAUCUCCCUUAUUUCCAUCAUGUCCCCAUCUCCUUUCUCCAAACAUGUACAUAGACAUACAGGGAAAGAAUCUUCUUAAGAAGAAGCUAGGGUAGCUCAAUUGGAAGGAAAAAUGAGAGAAGUGUCUGAUUCUGUCUUCAUGCAAGUUUUAUCCAGCCUGUUCAAGCAUCUAAAAAAAUUUAUGCAUCAGACCUGUCUGCUUUUUCCUGCCCAGAUGUAAUAUUGCCUUGUCAAAUGCAACUAACAAGGAGUAGGUAGAUUGCUCUUCUUGUUUAACAUCCAUGUGUGAAACUGAAUGCUAAUGAUUUCAGCUGCUUUUUUGAAGUGCGAUGUUUCAAAAUGUUACAGAAGCAAAAAAGUUUAUUGGUAAAUCCCUUCAGCCAGCACGACCUGUGCAUCAACUGUCUUCUAAACAAGCAUCAGCCAUUGCAUUAAACAUUCGGACUGAAUUACCCAGCAGCACUGAAGUAUGUUUGCAGAGUAAGGUUAACUGGUCAUCUGAAAUGACUGAAGUGAAGAUCUUAACUCAAACUAUGAUGCUCUGUCAACCAAAACAACAUGAAUCAGGAGAAAAAAAAGAGAGGAUCCAAUACAGCAGAGAUUUCCUUCUGAAGCUUUCAAAUGUUUCUCUCUCUCAGAAGAAACCAGAGUUUCUUCCUGAUCACCCAAUUGUACUUGAAAAGCCAGUAAAGAACAAACCUUUCAUUGACAUCUGCAAGAAGUGACAUGUUGUUUGGAAGAUCCAAAGUCUGUCAGUGAGGGAGCUACAUUUGAUGUAGGUCUUCAAGAUUUUUGAAGGUACUUGGGUGCCUGCAGAUGGAAGUACGACCCUGUGAAACCUCUGAAAAUGCCUGUUUCUUCCUGUAAUUGCCUGAAUGCUUUAAGAGACAAACCUUUAAUUUGUAAUGCCUGAAAUGGCAAUAUGAUUAAAGUGAAAAUAAAUAAUUUUACAUAUUGGUGUGGCAGAAUUUUGUCAUUGAAUUGUUUGUGUUAUGUAGCCAGAUAUUUUGCCUGACCAUAAAUUCUAAAAUACUUGGACUUUUUGAUUGCUCCCAACUCCCUUCCUCAGAAGUAAAGAUGGAACAACAAGUACUGGCUGUGUCAAAUCUCAGAUGUCUUAGGGUAUCUACUCUUCUAGUAGUAGAGAGGGUUUUUUGGUUGGUUUUUUUUUGACAAAACUUGACUUGCUUCUUCUUAAUUUGAAAUCUUCAUUUUGGCACAAGAUAUUCUUUAAUA